ACCACUUUCGGCUCACUGGAGGGCUCACGCAGAUAUUUCAGCUUGGUGGUUCGUCAACCUCAUGGAGGGACCCGUUCCGUCCCUCUCUCUCAUAUUCGCCCGCUCCUCUCCCCAUCCAAUCAGCGAGAGACAUACGCCAGCGAGCGAGCGGCAGCCGGAGGAGGCGAGGCGAGGGAUGGUGCGGCGCGGGCCGGUUGAGCUGCGGCGGAUCGAGGACCGGACGAGCCGGCAGGUGCGCUUCUCCAAGCGCCGCUUGGGCCUCUUCAAGAAGGCCUUCGAGUUCGGCCUCCUCUACGACGCCGAGGUCGCGCUGCUCGUCUUCUCCCCGGCCGGCAGGCUUUACGAGUAUGCCUCCUCCAGCAUAGAAGAUACAUACGACCGCUAUCAGGCAUUUGGAGGAGCCGGAAAGAACCUGAAUGAAGGCGGUGCAAGCACCAACAAUGGGGGAGAUCCUUCAAAUAUGCAGUCAAGGCUGAAAGAGAUUGCUUCCUGGUCUCUUCAAAACAAUGCUGAUGACGCAGAUGCUAAUGAGCUAGAGAAACUAGAGAAACUACUCACAGAUGCUUUGGAGAAUAUAAAAUCCAAGAAGGAAUCGGCAACAAGACUAUUCACAAGGCUAUUUGGUGUGCAAAGCAGGACAGGAUACUACUGUAUCCUCUGAAUCCAUGCACAAAGACUUGUUAACAAGCUUUGGUUUGCUGUCGAUGGAGUGCAGAUGUUGGCGCAACGAAACAGCGGCGCUAGCGGCGGGAACUCCACCAUCAGUCCCGGGGAACAGGAGGAAGGAAGGAGCUGAGCAGUCUAUAUGUAAUGCAUGUACUCCCUCCGUACCAAAAUAAGUGUCUCAAGCUUAGUACAAUUUUGUACUCCCUCUGUUCUAUAAUGCAAAAACGUCUUACAUUAUGAGACGGAGGAAGUACUAAAGUUAUUACAAAGUUAAGACACUUAUUUUGGGACGGAGGGAGUAUUUGCUGAUGCCACACUGCUGCCUUGCCUUGUGCUUUUCAUAUCAGUCUGUUGUCAGUCUUCACUGCUGCUAUGUCAUACGCAGUUGCUCGAGAAAUAAGUUUGAGCUCUUUUACAGUACCCUUAAAUUAAUAUAAGCCGUCUAUUUCUGGCAAUCCAAUGGCCAGUA